AUGAGACUGGCCGCCUAUGCUGGGGCCUCGGUGGUCCUAGCCACCGGUGUGUUCUUGAAAGCUCUACAUCAGAGAUCGAACUUCUACGCGGCUUGCGUCUAUCUUUCACAAAGUAGCGCCAAUCUCAUGAUCCUUACGAAUCUAUGCCUUAUAAUUACCGCCUUUAUUCUCUUUUGGCUACAGCGACUCCUUUACGGUCCUUUGCGUCCUAUUGAAACCGAACAACUAUACGAACGGGCGUGGUUUGCCAUCACGGAAACAUGUCUGGCCAUGACCAUCUUCCGGGGUGAGCUCGGCGGCUGGUUCUUGGUCAUGUUCGUUUCCCUAUUAGUCGGAAAGGUCUGGGGCUGGAUUGGUGAAGGCCGAGUGGAAUAUUUGGAGCAGCAACCCCCCGCGAACCCCCGACUGUUCCAUAUCCGAUUGGCGUUCUCCUUGGUAUUGUCGGUUCUCUUCAAUGCCUUCAUGCUCAGAUACUGCAUCGAUACCGUAUACCACCAAGCUCGGCCAGACAUGAUGGUCAUGUUCGGUUUCGAAUUCGCGAUUUUGACCAUUCUGUCCACUUCGACCACCGCUCGGUAUGGCAUUGCGUUGACGGAGAUCUACAUUACUCAGCAACAGUUGAAAGCAAAGAUGGAGGAACGUCGAGCGGAGAUUCGGGAGGCUCGCCUAGAGGCUAUUCGCGCCAAUGCACGGGCUGGAGAGUCAUCUCCUCCUACUGACCUGCCUGAUGAGAACGAUGUAAAUGAGCUGGAGAUUGAUGUCCCCGGCUGGGAAGAAAAAGGCCGCUGGGUUUUCUACCUCGAUCUCUUGACCGACUUUGUGAAGCUUUUGGUCUAUCUGGUUUUCUUCGCAAUCCUUCUCACGUUCUACGGCUUGCCAAUUCACAUUUUGCGAGACGUUGUUGUUACCAUCCGUUCUUUUGGUCGUCGAAUCAUGGACUUCCUUCGAUACCGCAAUGCCACCAGAGACAUGAAUGAGAGAUACCCGGAUGCUACUGCAGAGGAGGUUGGAAGAGAAGAAGUCUGCAUCAUUUGUCGAGAGGACAUGGUUCCUGCGCACCCUGCCCCGGCUGGUGGUAACGCCCCGCCUGCGGCCAACGCACGGCCUGUGCCUGAUCGCUUGCGCCCCAAGAAGUUGCCUUGUGGUCAUAUUCUACACUUUGCCUGUCUCCGGAGCUGGUUGGAGCGUCAACAGAAUUGCCCAACUUGCCGGCGCCCAGUAGUUGGAGCGGCUGCACAAGGUGCAGGUGGCAAUGCUGGCAAUGGUGCCGGUGGUCAACAGAAUGGUGCUGGCAACCAAGCGCCUGGUCAGCCGGGCCAGGGAGACGGGUUGCCCAGAGCUCGUGUCUUCCAGUUUGGUCCCUUCCGAAUUGGAUUUGGCGCUGUGCGAGGCGACCUUUUACAUAAUCUGCAUAAUCAGAUUAAUCAAGGCAACGCGCGUCCACAACCUGCUGCUAAUGCCAACCCACAAGGCGCGCACCAAGCCGGACUUGCCUUUGGGUUCGGUCGAGGACCUGCACCGGCCCCUCCAGGAGUUGCUCAAGACCAACCCGCUGCAAGCCCUUCAACUUUGACCAAUAUAAAUUCUCAAUUGCAGCAGAUCGAACAGCAAAUUGCCCAGGAGGUCUUUGCUUUGCGUGCUGCGACAGAUCAACUCCGCCAUGUGCGCUCCCUUCAAAUGGAGCUGGACCGUCUUCGCCUCAACCAAACCACUACUUCUACCAGUGCCACAUCGCCACUUCCGGGUACUUCCAGUAUCACAACUCGGCAACAGUUUGCCUCAAGCCCAGGCACAGUGCCAUUGAGUGCUGGAGAUCCCCGUCUACCAGAAGGGUUGAACCUUCCAGCCGGCUGGACUCUGGUUCCGCUUCAGCCCACCAAUCCUAACAUCCCGGGCCCCUUCCGAGCUAGUUCAAUGCCCAGAGCCCCGCCUUUUCCACCGGGAGUCCAUGUACCGCACAUGGCCGAUCCUUCUUUACGAGAUCAUCCACUCUUUAGUAGAACAUUCCCAUCCCCAACCCCAACGGUCCCUGUGGCCAACAACGAUGGUCAGAAUUCCAAUAAUGAGCGAACUGCUGCGAACCCAGCCGAGCACAAUACUGUGGCUGCUGAAACAAGCCCGUCGCUGCCUAGUUGGGGCACGUCAAGUCUCUCGGCGGAGAACCACCCAGCCGACUCACUAUCUCAAGAGUGGACCGAUGUGCAACGAGACCAUAUAACCGACGCAACUUCCUCUACAGCAGCUACGUGUGGCAGUAAUACAGAGACGGAGACACCAGAGAAGACAUCAGUGAAGGAAACAACCACUGAAUCUGAAUCCGAAUCUGCAUCCAAAGGCAAAUCUCGGGCCGCCACGGUUGAGGAAGCAGAGGGCGACGACGCGUCGUGA